GCUGGGUACAGCAGAGCAGCCGCUGACCUGUCAUCCCUCUCUCGGUGAAGACCGCGUCCGAGCGACACCUCGUCCCGCGCUUCCUUCACUCACUCAGCCGUACCGCCAUGGAGGAAUCAACCAGUUGACGUCCGCUGCUGCAACCUUCUCUCUUUCAAGCUUUCUUCCGUCCGAUCACCGGCGUCUCUCCACUGGGUUUUUUUUUUUUAAAUUCAACUCCCGUGUUUUUCUAUCUCCGCGAGCCUUUGUGACCAUCCACACAUCCGACACCAUGAAGUACAUCAUCGGAAUCGGCGGCGUAACCAAUGGAGGGAAAACCACCCUCACGAACAGACUGAUCAAGAACCUGCCCAACUGCUGCGUGGUCCAUCAGGAUGACUUCUUCAAGCCCCAAGACCAAAUAGAAGUUGGUGAAGAUGGCUUUAAGCAGUAUGAUGUCAUCACUGCUCUGGACAUGGACGCCAUGAUGAGCACGAUCUAUGCGUGGUUGGAUAACCCAGUGAAGUUUGAGAAGUCGCACGGAGUCAACAACACCCUGGAUACUGAGAUCAUCCCGAAGUCAGACCAUAAGGAGGAGGAGGAGACUCACAUCCUCAUUGUGGAGGGCUUCUUGCUUUACACCUACGGACCCUUGAUCGACGUGCUGAACCAGCGUUUCUUUAUUUCCAUCCCAUACGAAGAAUGCAAAAAGAGGAGGUGCUCCAGGAACUACACAGUGCCAGACCCCCCCGGCCUGUUUGAUGGUCAUGUCUGGCCCAUGUACUUGAAACAUAAGAACAUCAUGGAGACAACAGAUAUUGGCGUUGUGCAGCUAGAUGGAACCAGGUCAAAGGAACAACUGUUCAACGUUGUCUAUGGCGACAUCCUGAAUAACAUCCAGAAGACUCAAUAACAAAGGUCAUACGAUCGGCUAAAAGGAGCAUAUACUCGGCCUGCAAGCAGAAGACCGCUUUGCCUUAAGUUCCUCACCUAGCAGCGGACUGCUAUGAAUUUAUUAUCAUUAUUUUUUAAAUGUAAAUUAACAGCAUCUGGUGCUGGUAUGAUUUUUAUAUCUGCCGUAUUUAUUGCUUUGUUACAGCCCACACUCCAUAGAGUUGAUGGAUAUGUUCAGAGGAUGGGUGCGUUUAGUUGCACAUGUCAAUAAAUGAUCGUCCUUCUAA